AUGUAAUAUUUUCCUUUGACGAACAACCUUUCUUUUUUGGUAAUAAAGAAUUUGGAACAAUUAAAUUGUAAAAAUGUAUACUACUUUUUUAUGGUAUUCAUUAUCUUAAAAAUUAACUACCCUUUAUUUAAAAGAACUUUUUACCAUCUACUUUCAUAAUAUAAAGUUAAUUAAUCAUUAGAUCUAAAACUCUACAUCACUGAUCAGUGUAGUAUUAAAUAUCAACUCAUGAAUAUAAUCGAAACAAUUUCGAUAUUAUAUUAUUCAAAAUCACUUGUUAAUGGAAUCAAUCCUAUUGUUCUGUGUAUUUUAAGGAAGAAAUUAGAAGUCCCUCUCUAUCAACUUUUGCACUAAUUAUUUUUCAUAUUAACAACAAAAUAACUUUCCUUUUUUUAAAGUGUCAAUCUUUGUUAAACGUUUGUUGAUUUACAGAUAUCAUAAUGACUUAUAUUCUCCAAUACUAUAUUUUCUACAAAAAAUUGUUUAGAAAAUUUAUCGUGAUCAUAUUCCGAUAAUUAUAUGAGUACAUAAUUACCACCUAGUACUAUAAGUACUAGAGAUUUCACAAUAACUGUCUUAUUUUGUGUUUUAUUCAUUGUUGAAUUGAGUUAAACACGUUGGUGAUUAUGAUAUAAGUUUAAUAAUACUCCUUAUUAUAUCCAUAUUAAAUUUCUUAGUUGAAUGAUAAUUUCUAAAACUAUAUUUAAUAAUAAUUUUCCAAAAAAUAUUUUUCACAAAAAAAAUGCAAAGAUUUCCUCAGGACAAAAUUUCUCAAUAAAUAUAGAAUAAAGAUUGGAUAAUUUAUAUGGUGGAUUUUAUAUGCGUGGGAGUCGAUUCUUAUAGUCGUCAUAUUUGAGUGGGCUUGUUAAUUUUCUCUAAUAACAUGAGUUGAAAUGUAUUUUAUAGACUAUUGAAAAAUGUAAACAUAUACACACGCACACACACAUAUGCACAAAUCAAGAAACGCUGUUUAAGUGAUUUUAUAAAAUCAUAUUUACCAAUAUCUUAAUGGAAAUUAUUUUACAGGGAUUUACAUACGUAUAUAUAUGUAUAUCCUUGUAACUUGAUUGUUCUUAUUUUCUUUACACAAAAUCAACCUAGAUGUUAUUAUUGAAUGCUUAUUAAUCCAUUAGUCAAUUAUCAUUAUUAUUAUUAUUAUUCUAUUAUAAUCUAUGCUAUUAAACAAUUUAAUUAUUUAAUUAUUAAACAAUUAAUUAAUUAUUGGAACAAAUUGACUUCUAAUACUGAAUUCAAACAAAUUAUUGAAUUGUUCAAUAAUAUUCAAUUUCAUUUGUCAUGGACAAAACGUAAUAUUUCAAUGAAUCGUUUAAAUUCAUCUUUGAAAUAUAUACGCGUAAAUUUUGAAAAUUUAUCAUUGAAAUCAACUGAAAGUGCUUACAUUAAAUGUGAUCAAAUGAUUUCUUAUAAUAAUAAUAAUAAUAAUAACAUUGAAAAGGUUGAAAUUAUGAAAAUUUUAAAAAACCCUUUAACACAUAACAUUACUGAUUAUUAUAUAGAAGCAACUAAAAAGAAACAUUAUCUAUUAUUAAAUAAAAUCAUACAAAUUCUAAUUAUAAUAAUCUUAUUUAAUUAUUCAAUAGUUUACGUGAAUAAUAAUCUUUGCAUAGAUGCUAUGCAUUUACAUAAUACUAUUUUAUCACCAUUAACGGAAACGUCAACAGAUUCAGAGACAAUAUUAGAAUCAGAUUCAUCUACAUUACCUACAUAUUUAAUUGAUUCACCUGUAGUCAAAUUAAUUAAAACUCCAAAAACUACACAACGAUCUUAUUUAGAUAAUGGAUUACAAUUAGAAAAUAAAGUAAUGCAAAGAAUAUCAUCAAUAUUUCAAGAUAAAAAGGCUAUACAAGAUUUGUUGACAGAAAUGAAUGCAUAUUAUUUAACUUAUGGGAGACCAAGAUACGGAUAAAUGAAGUUGAAAAUUAUGAUGAUUAAGAAAAUACAAAAUGAAUUUGUCAAGAAUAUAUAUACAAUAUAUCAGCGAAAUUUUUAAAGAAAUAUACAUAUUGAAAUAAAAUGAUAAUAUUAAGCAAUUAUUUUGUUUUUAUUCAUUUCACUUGAAGUGUGAAUAUGAAGAAAUGUGAGAUGGUAAUUUACUGAUAACAAUGGUGGACGGUGGCGCAACUUUAUGAAUUAGUUACAGUUAGACAUUAACAUCGUUGGAUGCCGGCUCAGUAGUCUAGAGGUUAAGCGCUU